AUGAACGCAUUGCGUGCAGAAGCUGUCGUGACGAUGGACAACCACUGCUUGCGAAUCAAGAUCCUGGGUGACUGCUACUACUGUGUUUCUGGAUUGCCAGAGCCUCGGUUGGAUCACGCACAAUGCGCCGUCGAGAUGGGGCUGGAUAUGAUCGACGCGAUUCACUCCGUGGUGGAAGCAACGGACGUGUCCCUGAACAUGCGUGUCGGAGUCCACACUGGCCGUGUGCUCUGCGGUGUCCUGGGCCUCAAAAAGUGGCAGUACGACGUGUGGUCGGACGACGUGACGACCGCCAACUACAUGGAGGCGUCCGGCGAGCCCGGUCGCGUGCACAUCACCCAAGACACGAUGGACGCCCUCAACAACGAGUACCAGGUUGAGCCCGGGGACGGAGCUUCGCGGUCGACGUAUGUUCGAGACAAGAACAUCACGACGUACUUCAUUGUGCCGCCGGCCAGACGGCGCAAGCCGUUGCUGUUCAACACGCUUCAGGUGCGGAGUGCGCUGAGCGCCAACUCGUCGGGUCGACGGAAGCUGUCCUUCAGGCAUGUGUCGAACGUCGUCGUGCAGCUGCUGCACUCCAUCAAGUACUCGGUGGAGGUGCCGUUCUCCAAUAUUGCGAUAGCACCUCCGUUGCCUGGCGACCAGAAGGCGACGAAGAAGACGAAGGUGACUGACAAACUGCGCAGACCGUUCAAGAAAAGGCACUCGUCGGCAGUCGGAGCCGCGUUCCCUGCGAGCGGUGGCAGCGGAGGCUAUCACUAUCAUCAGCAGCCCACGAGCCGAGUGAAUAAGUACCUCGCACAAGCCAUUGUCCAAGUCUUUGCUUUCUAUUGUACGAAGGUGACUGACAAACUGCGGAGACCGUUCAAGAAAAGGCACUCGUCGGCAGUCGGAGCCGCGUUCCCUGCGAGCGGUGGCAGCGGAGGCUAUCACUAUCAUCAGCAGCCCACGAGCCGAGUGAAUAAGUACCUCGCACAAGCCAUUGAAGCCCGUUCCGUGGACCGAGAAAAGUCCAACCACGUUCACCCCAUGACGCUCUGCUUCCGCGACUCGGACAAAGAGCGUCAGUUUCACGAGGAGUUCGACGUUGGGCUCGGCGGGGCGCUGGUGUGCUGUCUGUGUCUCCUGGUGCUUGGCGGCGGGAUGCAAGCAUUGUGCGACUACGAGGACUACCGCCGUGCAAACGCCGAGAACCGGACCCUAAACCGGUUCCCGUGCGGCGGCGACGCUCUGGCGCUGGCGCUGUUCAGCUUGAUUCUGGUGUACGCCACUGCCCAGUACGUUGUGAUGUCGGGGAUCCUGGGCUUUUUGGCAGUGUCAGUGUUUCUCCGACUGCCGAUUUUGGUGAAGAGUUUGAUGCUCUCUGCAAUGGCAACUGUGUACGUUUUGCUUAUUUUACUAUCGCAUCCGGGACUCUUUGAAUGCUAUGACGUGCGUGUCGGCGGCGAAAUCCCGUCUGCCGCGUUCGGAGUCUUGCAUUUGAUCAUGUUCAUGUUGGCCAUUUUGAUCCAUGGACGACAAGUGGAAUGGACGGCACGCUUGGAUUUCCUAUGGCAAGUCCAGGCGAACGACGAAAAAUGCGACAUGGAUGCGUUGCAAUUGAGCAAUCGUCGGAUCUUGUUCAACUUACUUCCUGCACACGUUGCCACACAUUUUUUGGACAAUCCUUUCCGAAACAACGACGAAUUGUAUCACGAAAGCUACAGUAGAGUCGGGGUGAUGUUUGCAUCGAUCACGAACUUCAACGAAUUUUAUAUGGAGCUCGACGCGAACAAUCAAGGAAUGGAAUGCUUGCGGUUACUCAACGAGAUCAUUGCAGACUUUGAUGAGCUUUUGGAACGGGAAGAGUUUCAGGCAAUCGACAAAAUCAAGACUGUCGGAUCCACUUACAUGGCUUCAGUUGGACUGAUGCCAGAAUUGCGCAUCCAAGAGAAUAAUCCGGAAUCCGCGGUUUAUUUCAUGUCCGUACUGAUGGAAUACGUGUUCUGCCUGAGGGAUAAAUUGUACAACAUCAAUGAGAAUUCGUACAACAAUUUCUCGAUGCGGGUCACCGAAGAAGUAUAUGAAGUUCUCAAGAACGCACCGUAUGAGUUCCAGUGCCGCGGGAAAGUAAAGGUCAAAGGGAAGGGCGACAUGACCACUUAUUUUCUGACUGAUCGAAAACAGCAGGCAACGAUCAGAAUUGAGGACUUACAACGGCAUCAGGCGUACGCGAAUCAUACCGAAUUGAGGACUUACAACGGCAUCAGGCGUACGCGAAUCAUACCGAUUUUGAAGCCCGUUGCGAGCAAGCCGCGGGCGACACAAACGGAUUUUGCCGGUGGGCCCGGAGUCGAGGCGUCUAAACUGCUGCGACAAACCAGCAAUCCGGUGAGCCUGCAACACCAACAACAGGCCACCGCGGCUAUGUUGUACACGCCGCCGUGGGCGCACGUUACGCCGCCGAGAACGCGCGCAGCGAGGCAGAUGGCCGCCACGGAUCCGCCUGCCAAUCCGAGGUACGUCCCGAGGCUGUUGCAGGCCUCGACGAGCAGUAAUAGCAAUAACAGUGCGGGUAAUCGGAGACAAGGCAAAGUGCAAAAGGCGCAGGUCAACAACAGCUCGAGGGAGGUGCCGGGAAACCGGUUUGUGCAGUUGGCGGAUGAUGAGCGGUUUUCGGCCGCGAUUCGAGAACGUUUAGCCGAGUGCUCGUCGGUGUAUCAGCCACAUCAUGGACAUCAUAAUGCCGGGGCUAGUCAUCAUCAUCAUAGGUACUACGGGGGUCAGAGGUUAUUCCAGCGGCACUUGAGUGACGAGAGUUUGCACGGGAACCUGGCCAUGUCGAAAAUCUACAGUUACCGAAUCCACUCCAGUGCUGACGAGAUCAGUUCCAUGAAUCGUUCCAUGAGCUCAUCAGACGAAAGCUUUCCACCUCAUGACGACGAACCAGAUGGAGCCGAAGAAUUCCGACCAAAGCCGAAACCGUCAUCGUCUAAAAAUGGGGCGACAGGAGUGACGAGUGUGUCUGCAACGUCAUCUGGUCCCCCGGCGACGUCUUCUCCCCGUAUCCAAAGGAAAUCUAACUCGGCUGAUAAGCGGUCCAGUAAAAGGCCUACGCUUUUUGAUAAAUAUUUGGCAAAUGGGUCAUUUCCGGGUGCUGGGCGAUUGGAAGGCCCGGGACCAGCUACCAGUGAUGACUACGAAGACGACGACCAUUUUUUUGAGCCGGCGUUGCAAGCGUUGAGAUCGCCAGCGUGUGUACCUGAAGAACCCCAUGUGUCACAUCCCAACAGAAGCUUUCCAUUGGCGGGCUGGUCGCCGUCUUCGUCUUGGCGAGAAGUGGAUUCCGACUACGUUCCGUCACCAGAGCUGUCGAAAAAGCGACUCGGAAUCCCGGUGCCGACUUCUCCUUCAGCAUCCUCACACUGCGCCGCAGUCUCUGUCUAUAAUGUCGACUCAGAUCUCGGACUCGACACUGACAGCGAUUACGUGACGACGGCUGCUGCGGCCGCUGCAAGUCGCGUCGUCCCUGCCAUGGGCAGCUACGAGCUGAAACGCGUUCGAGAAACACGGUCGAGUUCCCGGGGCAGCGGUCAAUCCUCGUCCGCAGGCAGUGGACGAAAACACAACCACCAAGAACCGAGAGACGCCAAAGAAACACCUUCCAAAAGUAAUCCGAGAACUGACCAAAGUUGCCAGACGGACAAGUCCAAAAAGCCGAGCGUCAUGAAGUCCAAGAUCCCGCGAAGGACGACGAGUGUGCCUAAACAGGAGCCGCUGACGCCGAAAAUGCAAGAUACUGCUCCGAAGUCGGCGGCUUCGGCGUCUCCGGCAGCCGUAAGGUACGGUAAAAUUCCCAACUGGAACGAGCAGAUUCAGCGGAUUUUAUCGCGCGCGGAGGCGGAAAAAUCAUUCGAAGCGGCAGCUGCUGCGGCGGCGGCGCCGGCGCCUGUUUCAGAAAGCGCGAAUAUUCCGCUGGCGGAUUUGCGUAGUGUUAGUGCGAUGUUGAACGAAUUGGGAAAAGCGAGGAUGAACCGGCGGAGGGAGCGAGAGUUAAGGGAUGUUGAGUUUUUCGGGGAACUUGAGUCUGUGGCGGCUGCCGCCGUUUCUGGUAUUCCGGUUCAUCAGAGCAGGCUUUCGCCCGCGGCGAUGCGGAAAAUGUGGUCUGAAAAAUCUGGCAUCUAUAGACAACGUGGCGUCGACUUGAAUCUUUCGAAAAGUGAUGCCAAGAAAAGUGCCGAUGAAAGACAAGAAGCUGAAACAUCGCUUAGCGCAUCCGGAGCGGAGUCGAGCAAGCGAGACUCGAAAGAUUUCGUUGAGAUCACGUCAGCGAAGCUCGUGGAAGAAGCAGAGCGAGAAAUGGAAGAGAUCAGAAUGUUUGAAGAAGAAGAAAAACGUAUCCGCUCUCUUGCUGCCAACAAUAGCCUGGAAGAUGAUGAGGACGAAGGGGCGGCACGGAGUAAACGGAUUCAAGAGCCAAAGCCGCCGCCGGUGCCUCCGCCGCCGUUGGAAGAUCCGCCUUCUCGCCGCCUCAUCGAGCGUCGACGGCGUUCGGAAGACGAAUGGGAGCGAAAUCAGCAACAACAACACAGAGCCAACAAGGGACGCGCCAUGAUGCUCAUGGAUUUCUCUGGUGCCGGAGGAGUUUGUGCCGGGGAAACGAGUCAGUCAGAGUGGAGCGAAACAGAGGACGAAGAGGGCAUGUUGUCGGAGCCUUUGCUGGGUGGAGAUAAUGACGGAAGUGAUCGUGAGUCUGGUGGAUACACCACUGACGAUCCAGCGUUGGAGAACAUGUCUCUGAUGAAUGAUGCCGGUUUGACAGACGCUGAAGGUGCCAUGAGUGAUCUGAAUUCAAUGUUCGACGGGGGCGGGAUCCUCGGCAGGGAAGAUCGAAUACGUGGUGACCAUCAUUACGAUGACGACACGUCAGUCUCGUCUCGAGCCUCGUCACGCAUGUUCGACUCCGACAUUCCCGCCAUGGGCUACGACUCAGAAUACGAGAACUACCUUUCUCAUGGACACCUCGUUUCUGGUAUUCCGGUUCAUCAGAGCAGGCUUUCGCCCGCGGCGAUGCGGAAAAUGUGGUCUGAAAAAUCUGGCAUCUAUAGACAACGUGGCGUCGACUUGAAUCUUUCGAAAAGUGAUGCCAAGAAAAGUGCCGAUGAAAGACAAGAAGCUGAAACAUCGCUUAGCGCAUCCGGAGCGGAGUCGAGCAAGCGAGACUCGAAAGAUUUCGUUGAGAUCACGUCAGCGAAGCUCGUGGAAGAAGCAGAGCGAGAAAUGGAAGAGAUCAGAAUGUUUGAAGAAGAAGAAAAACGGAUCCGCUCUCUUGCUGCCAACAAUAGCCUGGAAGAUGAUGAGGACGAAGGGGCGGCACGGAGUAAACGGAUUCAAGAGCCAAAGCCGCCGCCGGUGCCUCCGCCGCCGUUGGAAGAUCCGCCUUCUCGCCGCCUCAUCGAGCGUCGACGGCGUUCGGAAGACGAAUGGGAGCGAAAUCAGCAACAACAACACAGAGCCAACAAGGGACGCGCCAUGAUGCUCAUGGAUUUCUCUGGUGCCGGAGGAGUUUGUGCCGGGGAAACGAGUCAGUCAGAGUGGAGCGAAACAGAGGACGAAGAGGGCAUGUUGUCGGAGCCUUUGCUGGGUGGAGAUAAUGACGGAAGUGAUCGUGAGUCUGGUGGAUACACCACUGACGAUCCAGCGUUGGAGAACAUGUCUCUGAUGAAUGAUGCCGGUUUGACAGACGCUGAAGGUGCCAUGAGUGAUCUGAAUUCAAUGUUCGACGGGGGCGGGAUCCUCGGCAGGGAAGAUCGAAUGCGUGGUGACCAUCAUUACGAUGACGACACGUCAGUCUCGUCUCGAGCCUCGUCACGCAUGUUCGACUCCGACAUUCCCGCCAUGGGCUACGACUCAGAAUACGAGAACUACCUUUCUCAUGGACACCGGCGUCAUUUCGGGGACCGAGGCGGCGGCAUGACCUCGGAUGAGGACGUGCUCCGCGACGGCGCUUCAGACUUGGACGUGGACAACAUGGACAUGGAUUUGGAAGUUCCCGAUUACGCCGAGGAGUUUAAUCUCCAGUCCAUUCGUUCCGUGUCUCAAAGCAUCACAAAUAACUUUGGUACCGCGCCGACGGCGAAGGAUGACGGCGAAAGCGAUGCUUGAAUUAUCAGUGCAUUCGACAUUGAGGAAUGAUUCCUGCAACACUAGCUAAGUAUAUGAUUUUUUUUUAUUAAAUUGAUAGUUCUCCCGAAGGAACGAAAAAUGUUUACGACGAAGCAAUUGUCUUAUACCGGUAUUAGAAUUCGUGUUGUUGAGAUCGUUAUUUUUGUCAACGUCUUUCGUGGGUUAUUGAUGUCGUCAUUUCCUUCUAAACGUUUUCCGAAAUUUGAAUGGUGGUCGUUUUAAUAGUUUAUCCCGCACCAGGUUUUUCCUAUGAAACGUUGUAUUCAAUGCUAAAAGUUUGUGCAGCUGGAAUCAUUGAUGAAAUAAUGUUUUCAUCGGUCUCAUUUGUCACCAUAUGGGACAAUUAGUAUUUUUGUAAUCUGAUGGACGCAGCCUUUUUUGUUGUUUCUGAACCUUAGUCCUCGGGUUGCUGUGAGAGAGAUUGUGUCCCACUGAGGCCAAAAAAAAAAGAAAACUGAAAAUGUUGUCAUUUUCUGCCACAAUUUUGAGUAUUUCCAAGACGUGUUUCAUGGCGUUUUGUCGUUCUGCGGAUGGUGGACUAAAUUUUUUGAAACUCGUUUCUCUCGAGUCCCAUCUUGGUUUCUUCCAAUGUUGACAUUUUUUUAAUAUAUCAGUGUUUUUUUUCUUUUUGGUGAUCACUGCGAAUCGCACAAAAACUGUGCGAUUGUCUUUUUUAAGGGAUUUAUGACGGAAUGGAUACGGACACAUUUUGUGGAAUUUCGCGAAUUUUCGUUGCCUUUGUUUUUAUGUGCGACGCAUUUUGGACAGCUGGCACAAAGCUUCUUCCGUUGAUUAAUUUUUUUAGAAGAAUGAUCGAGGUAGUCUUCUCGCUUUGUUGAUACUGCGAAGUUGGUUAAUGUAUUUGAUUUGUAAAGUGAGUUGUUUUAGGGUUUAUGAUCUCUGAUGCGAAAACAAAUUUUGUUGCGGUCCUCUCGCGUGAGAUGCCGUUUUCUUUCUUUUUAUCUGGAUGAACAGUCCAUUUCAGCGAAGUUAUGCUGGUGUUCUUUUCUGAAACUUUGAGCAGCAAGGGUAAAAAUAGCUACUUUCUGUGAAGUCUAAAUAUUGGUAGGCUCUACGUGGACAGAGUCUGAGAGAUGUUGGUCUAGAUUGCUAAUUUCUGAUUUGGUUGCUAUUGUGCCGAUUUUUCAGCGCAUAAAUUAAUCUUCUGUCGAAUUAUUGAUGGUUUUCUCUUUCGCGACCGUGUGAAGCGAAUCUUUCAAGUCUCGAAUAAAGUUGGACUCGAAAUUCAUGUUUGAAAGACGUGUAUGAGAAAUUGGUUGAGUAAAAAUUCAAUUUGCUGAAGCCAACAAAAA